UUGAAAAUUCAAGGUUUCUAGAUUCAAAAUAAAAAGCGAAUUUCGAAAAGACAUAACGCUAACGAUGCCUACUUGUCGUUAUUUCCAGCAAGGAAACUGCCGUUUCGGUGAUAGAUGUCGAUAUGAACAUCCUAGAAAUCAAUCUGGUUUCAGCAGCCAAGGACAAGGAAGUUACGGCGGAGGUGGUGGUGGAGGAGGAGGAGGAGGCGGCGGCGGCUCCCAGUCACAGUACAAAUGGAGCAGCUCUAAUUACGGUUCCCAGCCAGGCCAUGGGCAGCAGAGCCAGAGGGGCCAAGGCUCCAGGGACCAGUACUCAGGACGAGGAGGAGGAGAUGGAGACUGGGGGAACAGAGGAAACCAGAGUCAAGGAGGCUAUCGAGGAGGUGGAGGAGGAGGGGGAGGGGGAGGGGGAUCGUGGGGUGGAGGUGGUUCAAAUCAAGGAGGGAAACAAGUGGCUUUCAAGGAUUCCUUUGCGGGCUCGCUCCAGGGAAAUAAGUUUGGCGCCCUCGCCGACCAAGGAGCAAGAGACAGUAGAAGCAAUCAACCCCAUGGUGGCAGUUCACAAGACGUCUCUGCGCAGGAGAUCAUGGAAGGUAUCCUGUACGACAUGGAGGAAUGGGAGAAGGGGAAGAUGUGGCCUUUCAGCUGUUACGGACCAAACAAAUCAAAGUCUUGCUUGUCAGGUCUAGAGGACUUAUCACAGGAGGAGUUGAGGUUCUUGGCGUACAUGGCAGAGAAAGCUAAGCAGUUUGAACAAUAUAAAGUGGCAUAUAGUACAGCUCUGAGUGCUGCGAAGAAUAAACAUGACCAGCUAAGGAAGCCUUCCCAAGCUAUGAAGAAUCAAUUGGUUGACAUGUACAAAGGAGCCUCAGACAAGAAUCCAUUUGCAGCAGCCAACACAACCAAUGUCUUUGGGAACAGUGUUCCUUCCCUCACUGACAUCUUUGGUGCAAACCUUGCAAACAUCAAAGUGGCGCAAGGUUCCAACUCAAGUACCGGAACAGCGGUUGUUAUCCAGUCAUCAACGAGUGUCUCCGUCCUGGGUGUACCUUCCACUUCAUCAGGAAGCACAACAAGCAAUGCAGUGGCAAAGGACUCAUCGCUCUUUAACAGAACUCAAGGCAGCACCCAGGGUGUCUUUGGCAAUGCAGGUGGGACGUCAAAUACAGUGACGCCCACCUUCGGAUCAGUGCCAUCCAGCGGUGCUAGCGGCGCGUCAUCCAUCUUUGGAUCAGGGUCGCAAAGCUCCAGCGGAUCCAGCGCGGGGUUGUUCGGCAAAGGAUCAACGACGACUCCUGCGUCAGUUCCUCAGCAAGGCAAGGCUGAGUCAAGGACUUACACGCCCUUGGCGUCGCUGACUCCGGAAGAGAAGGAGCAGUUUGAGGCACCUGUUUUCACGUUAGGGAAAGUGCCCACGAGACCACCACCCAUUGAAUUACUGAGGUAGGGAAGUUGACAAAUGAGAACAGUACCAAUUCUUGCUGACAAUGUACAGAAAGAGAGAGAGACAGGUAGACAGCCAGAAAGAUAAAGAAGGGGAGGGGGUGGGAAAUGGAAAAAUUACUCACCUUUUUACCAUGAUAUACAACCAAAUGAAAGAUAGGAGUGAUCCAUUGUCAAUUUUUAUUUUACUCUGAGCUGUGAAGUGUUUAAAUCUACCUAAAGCAGGCACGAGAUUCCUCUGCGGAUAUGCCAUUUUUGUG